AUGAAGUCCAGCAGAGCUCCUCCUUCACUUCCUCUCCGAGUUUCGUGCAUUCCAGAUUCCACAGAUCUUUUUGUUGCUGGGAGUUUUACCGUUAGAAGUUUGUCUGCCGGACAGCAGAGAAACCAGCCCUCCUGGUGCCGUCCAGAGACUCCUCAGACCCGUUGUUGGGGUUGCAGCAUCAUGUCUUCUGAAGGGGUGGUGUCAGCAGUGGAGCCCAGGUUACGACGCCUCGCCUCCUGGUUUGACCCUGAAAGCGCUGCGGUGGUGACCAUCCUGUUGGGGCUCUUCCAGAUGCUGCUGUCUGCCUCACUGGCUCACACUGAUCCAGCUCUGCCAAAGCUCUUCAUACUGUCGCUGGUCAUGGGAAUUCUAAUCGUGACUGGAGGAGCCUUCACCAUCGCCAAUGAGAGGAACCCCAGCAGACGACUGCUUCAGGGUUGUGCCUGCAGUAACGCGAUCGGCCUGCUGGGGGCGCUGCUGGCUUUCUGCCUCUACUGCUACAGCCUCAACACUGCACACGAUGAAGACCGGUGUCAGUCCGACCCCCAACCCGACCCCCAUUCCUACCACUACAGCUACCACUACAGCUCGUCCUAUUACCACUGUCCUCCAGAACAUCUGGCAGCCUACACCUGGAGCGUGACGCUGCUGCUGCUGCUCUAUGACUGUGUGGCUGUGGUCAUGCACUGCCUGCUGUCUGUAUCCGCCUACAAAACACUUCAAUAGACUCACACACACACUGGCUAAAUGUAUAUAUCUGCCUCUUCUUCAGUAAAAGCCUUUUUAAACUCCUUCAGAUAUUUGCUAUAGUGCAUUGGGUCGGCACCCACUGGAUAUUCCUGUGAAAUUAAUAUUUAUAAUACAGAUGAUAUGAGUGUAAUUCUGAACUAAACUCAUCCUGAUGUUGUGCAGAGGGACCACAGCGGCAGCAGAAAAUACGUUUUGACAGUAAAUCAUUCCCAUUCAGUGGACCCAUAAUGCUGCACAUAACAGCUUCUGUUAAUGUUUGAAUUAAACAUUUGGUUUUAAUGACUUUGAUAAUGGCAGCUCUUUAUGAAUUUAUGUGAAAAUCAAAUGGCGUUUUUCCAUCAGCACCUACUCAACUCGACUCGGUUUAGGUCGUUUUCCAUUACAGUUGAGUAAUAACAAUAAUCAUAAUAAUAAUAAGAAGAAGAACUUUAUUUGUAUAGCAUGUUUCAGAAAAACAUUCACAAAGUGCUUAACAGGUAGAACAUAGUGAUGAAGAGAAAAAAAGAGAACUUCACAGGAAGGCGAUUCUAUAAAAGUGGGUUUUAAGAAGUGAUUUCAAAGAAUCUGCUGAUUGGGCGAUCCUCAUGUUCUCUGGCAGCUCGUUCCAAAGCCGAGGUCCUGAGGAGAAGACCUGGAACCCUCGGAUUUAAGCCUCGGCUUUGGAACGACUCGGAUCCAAAGAUCUAAAGCUGCUGUAGGGAUGUACGGGGUAACAUGUCUAAAAGUGAUCAGUAAAAUCUUAAAAUCAAUUCUAAAACAGACAGGGAGCCAGUGGAGGGAAGCAGAACAGGGCAGAUGUGAUGUCAUCUGUUACAACCAAUAAGAAACCGAGCUGCUGGUUCUGGCCCAGGUGUGAACUAACCGUGACGUCACCCUUUGGUUUCAACGGCGAGAAAAUGAAGCCCGGAUUUGGCUACUUCCUGGUCGCCAUUUUGGAUUUUUGGAGCCAGUGACGUAAAAAGCGUCAUCAAACAGACUGGACCGGAGAGCAACUAGGGGCAGGACCAGUCUAUGGGACUGUCAAUCAAGUAUAGCCACGCCCCCUGGCGCUGCCAACUUUCACGAUUUAUUUAAAAUUCAGUAUUGAUUUAUUUUGAGAUCGGCCACCUGAUCUCUCAUUUUGACCAUGAAAACUAACGGGGAAAAAAUCCUGAGCUGUAGAACAUCAGUCUAUCAAAUUUUAUUUUUUCCAAAAAUGAAUUGGGGUCUAUGGAGAAAAAGCUUUUUGGAGCCAACCCUAGCGGACGGCGUGAUAUUGCAAGUUUUGACACUUCCGGGUGGCCUUCAAUUCUGGAGCCAGAUGCUACGUCCAUCUUUAUACACAGUCUAUGUUCUGGCCCAGUUGGAGGAGGGAGACGGAUUUCUGUGGAACGCCAGAUACAAGGGAGUUACAGGAAUGAAGACGAUAAAAAAUGAGAGCAUGGUUGUUUUUUAAGGUCUGACUGAGGGAGGAUUGGUUUGAUUCUGGAGAUGGAGAUUCUGGAGGAAGCAGGGUUGAUGUGGGGCGAAACUGAGGUCAGAAUCAAACAGGAAGCCCAGAUUUCUAACAGUACCACCUCAUUGUGGGUGGAGUCGUCAUAGCACAGUGACCCAAAGUCCCCUAACAUCAUUUGUGUGCGACACAAACGCAACACAACAACGGAGGACAUGAAAGCGAUGGUACACCUGCUGCUGGCUGUCUGUCAGAUUAAAGUAAAAAAGAGAGUCAGAGAACCAUCACUGUUGCCAGUUUUUGUUUUAAAUGACGGGUUUGGUUUUGGUGAAGGAGUCGCUCUGGUGUGUCAUCACUCCCUGUCCAAUCAGAGGCCUGCACUCUGUCACAUUAUCGGCUCCAAUCAGCUCUCUGGGAACCCCGGCCCAGUAGGAACUAAAACAGUAGCUGGUACCAGGAACUACGUCCUGAUGGAAAACCUCACAAACCCUGUAGAGUAGCUGCUGGUGGAAAAGUGUCUUACCAUCGGUCUUGUCUUCUCUAACUGCAUGUAUCAUAAAUGUUCUGCUUUUCAAUGUGCAGACGGAUUAGUGGUACAAAAACUACUUCCUCUUCAUCAUCAUCUUCAGGUACAUCUCCAUCUGCAGAACCCUGAAACCCCUCAGAGCGUUCCAGUAGGACACUCCUCUGUACUGUGAGGUUUAGGCCUAUCACAUCACAGCUAACAGUUAAAACAUGCCGGGUGCACUAUUGUUAUGUUACUGUGAAUUUUUAGAUUUUUUUUAGGACAAGGAAACCAUAUUUUUCGGUGCCCAUAAAUGAGGGUUAAUGAGAAUGUGUGAAACCUUUCAUCCACACACACAUUAUUAAUGUCCAAACAGAUGAAAUAAAUACAGAGCAGGGUACUGACACAAAGAUCUGUUUGAUUCAGAGCGCUCAUGUCUGAGGCAGCUGCUUGUCACGGUAUUAUCUGCUCUCUAUAGUCAAUAAAUCACUGAUUCCAGCUGAACAAAGAGGAGAUUUGCUAGUUUUUCAUGACUGGUAAGAGGAAAUUAGACUGUUUCUGAUAUAAUUCCUGCUGCAGGGAAAAACAACAGCUUUAUUUCACAGUUUUUAAAUCCUGAAGACUCCAUUGACUGGUAAAGGCGCUUCACACUCCUCCUGUGUGCUUUAAUCUCUUAUCUGUGCCAUGAAAUGAUUGAUAUUGUAAUUGUAUUAAAAUACAUUUUUAAAAUCUGAA